AAACUGCAGCUUCAAGUGAUAAUAAAGGCCAAUAGUAGCUAAUACCGGUAGUUUCCACUUAAAAUAUCCUCAUUUUAUCACUUCUGGAAUACUAGCAAAUUGUGAGCUUGAAGUGUAUUAGCCAUGGAAGUAACUCUCCCUUACUCUUCCUCUUCUCUCUCCAUAAUCCCAACAUUAUCACCUAAAUCCCUAAAACCCCACUUCAAAUUCACCUUUAAUUUUCCUAAUAAAUUAUCUAAAAAGUAUCUCUACUAUUCCAAAUUCUCUUGUACUUGUUCAAGAAACACAACUUCAAUUACAGCUUCUUCUUCUUCUUCUUCUUCUUCUUCAAUUGUUACAACCAUUUCUCAAUCUUUGUCCACUUCCACCACAACUCAAAGGCACUGGAUGGUUCUUAUGGAAACUCCUCCUAAUGGGGUUAGCUCCAAAAUUGAGGUUAUUGAUUAUUAUGUUGAGACACUUGAAAGAGUAUUGGGCAGUGUGGAAGAUGCUCAAAUGUGUAUAUAUAAUGCUUCGUGCAGCGUGCCACAUGGAUUUUGCUGCGACAUUGAUGAUGUGAUAGCUGAUGAGCUUGCUGGUAGAUUUCUCGUCUUCUUUUGUGCAAUCAGUAUGCCUGGGGUGCUAUCAGUUGUACCUGAUCCUGAUUUUAACUCGAUGGUGAAAGACUAUAAAUACCCAAAUGGUCAGUUAAGUUCCCUAUCAACUUCAUUCACUGACGGUUCUUCAUUAUUUCCGGCUGGGACUUCUAAACACUGGCUUGUUCGUAUGGCCAGGCCAUCUGUUGGAGUAAUAAGAAAAGCCCCGGUGAUUGACUAUUACGUUCAAGUUCUAACAAAAGUUCUUGGGAAUGAGAAGGAUGCACAGAUGUGCUUAUAUCACGUAUCCUGGCAAACCAAUUAUGGAUUUUGUUGCGAAUUAGAUAACGUGUGCGCUCAAGAAUUAGCUGGAGUACCUGGUGUUCUAUCUGUUCAGCCAGAUGAAAAUUUUGACUCGGACAAUAAAAACUAUGGAGGUGGGAAUCUGAAGCUGAGUGAAGGUUCCCAGGAAUCUACAACAUCAAAUGAGGAAACAGAUGUUAGAACCAAGAAGCUUUUUGUGACUGGUUUAUCAUUCUAUACGUCUGAGAAAACGCUACGUGCAGCAUUUGAAGGCUAUGGUGAACUUGUUGAAGUUAAAAUCAUCAUGGACAAAAUUUCUAAGAGGUCGAAAGGUUAUGCAUUUGUUGAGUACACAACAGUGGAGGCAGCAAGUGCUGCUCUCAAAGAAAUGAAUGGCAAGAUCAUCAAUGGCUGGAUGAUAACAGUUGAUGUUGCUAAGACAAAUCCUCCAAAAUACAGCGGAGGACGACUAAGAGCUGCUAGAUAAUGUUGCAGAAAAGAGAGACUAGAUUAAGUUAAAAGUGAUUUAAUGAAGUGAAAAUAUACAUCGAUAAUAGUGUGUUCAAAUAGAUGUCAGGCAUCAUAGGUUUAGAGUAAACACUCGAUGUAGGUAAAGUUUGACCUUAAUUGCUAUUAUAGGGAUCCAAUCAUUUGCUUCUUAUAUGAUAGUUUUGAAGGCCAUGCAGUGACACUA